CGUGUGAGAGAUCCGUGAUGGGUGGCUAUCAAGGAAAAGAUAUCGACUACGAAUGGAGGACAUUGUACCUGACACGGAAUGCGCGGGAUGACAAGGGGCAGUGGAAAGCCACUCUCUCCCUGCAGAGGCUGCCCAUACCGGCGAUCGAACUUCCACUUGCACCGGCAAUUGAAGACGGAGACCAACGGAUUCUGGAAGCAGGAAAAAGAUACCCAUCAACAUCCCCGAGGCGUGCACGGUACAAGGCACUCUACCUGAAAAGGCUGGCUGCUAUCAGCCAAAAGACACACUAUAUUCCAUGGGAGUUUGACCCUGACCUAGACCCGGAAGCAUUCAGAGGGGUCAAGCGAACAUGGAAUGUUUGGGUCAAGCGUCGAAAGCAGAACACGCAGACGCCGUGGAGCACCAUACCUGGUCUACCGACCAUGAUCUCCAUCGAUCCCGGCAUCAAGAAGUUUAUGGUCGGGUAUACUUCAUAUGGAGACACAAUCCUAUUUGGUAGACCAUCCGCAGAAUACAUCACACCGGCCCUCCGCAAGAUGGACAAGAUCGAAUCUCACAUUGGUCAAAUGUUGGAGAGGGUUCCUGACAUUGAGAAGUUGAGAGAAGAGGUCGAUGCUCGGAUGAAGAAAUGGAGAGCUCACGCCAUAGCACUCGAAUCGUUGUUAGACGGCGAUAUCUUCAAGAGGGACUUUCAGGAUACCAUUGGAGAUGGCCUUCUUUCCCACGCUUGUCAGCUACGUGAUGUGAUCCCCAAACAAAAACAGGAACUGAGAGAGAGGGUAUGCGAGGAACACGUUGAAGAAAUCGAAAAACUCCGUGCCAGCCUUGGUAACAAGAUCGACCACUUGCAUAUUCAUACGGCCAGCUUCCUCGAGAAGUUCGACAUUGUGCUUCUACCCACAUUUGAUGUGCCAAAACUAGUGAAAAGGAGAGUUGGUCAGCUCAGUCGGCUCAACAAGCGAAUUCUCAUGACGCUCCAGCAUGCGACACUCAGAGAGACGUUGGGGCAUCGGCAGACUGUUCGUGGAUGUGGACAAACAGUCCAUCCAAGUGAAGCGUGGAGCACACAGGCCUGUUUCAAGUGUAAGCGCCUUUCGGGGAAGCUACGAGGUCGGAGAUUCCUCUGUUCAGACAUCAACUGCGGGAAUAAAAUGGACCGUGACGAGAAUGCACCGCGUAGCAAUUUGAACCUUGUCAUGGCCAAGGCAAUAUCAGAGUGGAAUCCGAAGGGCGUAGAGGCAGUCACUGAGCCAGAUGCCAUUCCCUUGGAUAGACCGUAGAUUAUAUUUGCACGGCGUAUCUCCUUCUUCUUAGUAGUCUAGUGCAUUCACGCCCUUCCCUCCGAUGAUUGGUGAGGGCGUAGAUGUUCUCAAAUGUGUAAUGUAUAUUAAAAUUAUUGAACCACUACAAUUUCCGUGAGAGCGUGUACAAUGCGACUAUCUAUCGACUGUCGACCCUGUUCUCUGGGUGCUCUGGGUCGUGACUAUCUAUCGACUAUCGACCCUGUUCUCUGGGUGCGGGUCGCAUUCGCACACGCUUCUCGGCAUACAACCGGAGUUUCCCAUCAUCGCCUUGCUCAAUGGUAAACUUCCGGAACUUUACU